AUGCAGAAAGUAUCAAUAGAUAUUUCAAAUUAUCCAAUGUUAUUUGCAGCUCAUCAACAACUUUAUGAUUAUGCCAUACGUCUUCGUUUUAAUGGAUCAUUAAUAUCUACUCCAUAUUCAUUUUAUCAACAAAAUGAUCCUCGAUUAUGUGAAGAACCUAAACCAUCUUAUUCAUAUAUUGGACUUAUUGCUAUGGCUAUAUUAAAUUCACCAGAACGACGACUUGUUCUUGCUGAUAUUUAUCAAUGGAUAUUAGAUCAUUAUCCAUAUUUUCGUGCACGAGGUCCCGGUUGGCGUAAUUCAAUUCGACAUAAUCUUUCAUUAAAUGAUUGUUUUAUUAAAGCUGGUCGUUCAGCUAAUGGUAAAGGUCAUUAUUGGAGUAUUCAUCCAGCGAAUUUAGCUGAUUUUUUAAGUGGAGAUUUUCGACGACGUCGAGCACAACGACGUGUUAGAAAAAGUUUGGGUUUAUCUAUACCUGAAGAAGAUGAUGAUGAUGAUGACGAUGAAAUUUUACCGAUUAAUGAAACAGAACAUCAUUUUCAAAAUUCUAUAUCAAAGAUUCCAAUAACUGAUUUAUCACAAACAAAAAAUCGAAUUGUUCCAUCUAAUUUUCUACAAAAUUAUUUUGAUGAUAUACAACCUAUUGUCAUAUCUAACUGUGAACAACAACAAUAUUUAUCUUCAGAACAAUCAAUUCAUAUAAAUCAAAAUCCAAUAAAAGAAAAUCAACGAAAACGUUGUUUCGAUGUUGAUAGUCUUUUAGCACCUGAAGAACCAUGUUUAAUUAAACGACAACAAUGUCAUACAUAUAGAAACGAAAACAUUCAUAAACCAUAUUUAAAAACAAGCCGCUCAACCGUUACAGAAACAUAUGCUUAA